GGAGACAGGUUGCACUUUAACUCGACAUAUCAGUUAACGGAGGUAGCGGUUGGCCUUGAGUAUCGUUAGUAGCACUCUGCUCUGCUCUUGUAUUUCAGUCCACUGAUCUCCUGUAGUGCAUGGCAUGGGCAUUGUCCAUGGUGACUUAACUCCUGUAUGUUUCGAUCGCCACCAUUCUCCAUUCGAAAUGACAGUUUCAUAAUUUAGUACAACAUCCUGGUCAGCAGUGACGAGAGGGUCCGUAUCGGAGACUUUGGUCUCUCGACGAUUCUUGCAGAAUUAGAUUUCCAAACAUUUGGGUCGAAUCACGCGGGCAAUGUUCGAUGGAUAGCCCCCGAAAUGUUGGAUGUGCUAGAGGAUGGGGCUGCGAAACCAACCGUGGCUGCCGAUGUUUAUUCAUAUGGUUGUAUCAUGAUGUUGCUGUGUUCUGGACUUGAGCCUUAUCACCGAUUGAAGAUAUCAUUUCACAUUAUCGCAGCAAGGGUGAGGGGUCGAGAACCCUUUAGCGAAAUCACUGGUUUUGAGGGAGACCUCAAACAAUUGGCACAGAAGUGCUUAUCGGGGAGCAGCGAGCACCGCCCGUCGGCUUCGGACAUCGCGAAGUUGUUCAAGUCGAGGUUAAAUAUUUCAAAGACGAUGAUGGACUUGUUGUCGAAACUUGGAGUGAAUCAAAUCCCCAAAGCCGCCCUCUCGACCUGUGCAAGCGAUGAUCGGGGCAGCAUUAGUGGGACUUUGAAAUACAACUGGUUGCAUGGGUCGGACGCCACCGUGGUUGCGGUGAAGACUUUGGAUGUUGGCGAUCCGAAUGUCAUUAAUAUUAGCAAGACAUGCGAUAUGAUUCGUCGCGAGGUCUACGUUCGGGAAAGGUUGAAGCACGAGACCAUCCUUGGCCUCUACGGAAUGACGACGGGUUUCGGAAUUCUUCCCUCCUUCGUGCAUCCAUGGAUGGCGCAUGGAUCAUUACACGACUAUCUGAAACGAGAUUUCUCCACAUUGUCUCCACCUCAGAAGUUCGAUAUUCUGUAUCAGGUGGCGAACGGGAUCAAAUAUCUGCACAAGAGCAAUAUUGCGCAUGGCAAUCUGACCGGUGUACGCUCCCAUCGCGAUGCUGACUAAAUAUAAAACACACCGAUCUCAUUCUUCUUAGGACAACGUGCUUCUCGAUGAUGCGGGGCGUAUACGCAUCGCAGACUUCAGUCGCUCCGUAAUCCUUGACGACGCUGGAGAUUGGAAAUCGAGCGAGCAACUCCCUGGAGCUGCGAGAUACGUCUCACCAGAGUCGGUUGUCCGUGACAAGCAGACAGGACCGCCGCAACCGACCAAAUCCCAUGACGUAUACUCUUAUGGCUGCAUCACGAUUCU